UUCUCCUCAAGCCCCAGCAAGUCUCCCGGUUUCGACGCCCGCCAACGACCACAACAACCUUCAAGUCCUUCUUUCCUCAACCCCUCAGCAAAAAUGUCUUCCAUCACCACCACCACCUACACCACCGAAGAGUACAUCGCUCCCGGCGAUAUCGUCGCUGUCCGCCACGGUCUUAAGGGCCGCCAGGAGGGUCUCGUUGUCGGCUCUCACUACGACUACGCUGGGCGACAGAUCAUUGAGGUCCAGCUCGAUGGCGAGCCCGUCAUCUACAAUGCCUGGUACCCGACCGUGACCCGCGUCAAGCGCACCAUCUACACCCGUCCCCUCGAGACCAGGCGCCGAACCGUCGAGCGAAGGAUCUACUGGUAAACACACCACCCCCACCACCCAUCCACGCACGCACACAUCUGUCGUUUGGUUCCUCGCUUGACCCACGGACAUCCACGCACAACACAUACUCCACACUCACCCCGACUGGACAGCAGUCGCAUCGACGUUCCAUUGACGCCAGACGAAACGACUCACGAUAGACUCAACGGAACUCUCCUUUUGUGUAGACUGAAGGGACCAUGGACUUGUAACGACUGAUGAUUCUUUCUUCCUUCAUCAUUUCAUUUUCCUCUUUGUGGUCGGCUGGAGCGUCGACCGCUCGGUCUGUGACUUGGUAGUGUAUUUGUAUCUGUGAAAUAUAUAUUUGUCGUUUUAUCCAUCAU